UCAUUAUACUGAUUUCGGAACAAAUAUGUCUGGUUUGAAAUUAUAUAGUGUAUCAGAUGGACCGCCAUCAUUGGCUGUUAAAAUGGUUUUGGAAGUUCUAAAAGUACCAUACGAAAAUAUUGAAGUUGAUUUUGUUGCUGGAGAACAUAUAUCCGAAGAAUAUGCAAAGAAAAAUCCUCAGAGAGAAAUUCCUGUACUAGAAGACAAUGGUUUCUUUUUAAGUGAAAGCAAUGCCAUUUUACAAUAUUUAGCUGAAAAACAUAAAAAUCGGAGCAUAUAUCCAGAGGAUGUUCAAGAAAGGGCAAGAGUUAAUCAGAGAUUGUGUUUCAAUUUGUCCACUUAUUAUCGAUCUAUUUUAGAUCAUAUUAUACUUCCAAUGUUUUACGAUUACCAACGCACACCUCAAACUGAAAAGAAACUUCAAAUCGCGUUAUCCGCUUUCAACUCAUAUUUAGAGCGUGACGGAUUCAAGUACGCUGCUUCAGAUAAUUUAACAAUAGCUGAUUUACAAUUAGUAACAGCCACACUGUGUUUGGAAGCAGUCAAUUUUGAUUUCACACAAUUUCAAAAAAUCACUAAAUGGUAUGAAACAUUUAAAGCGGAAAAUGAAAAACUAUGGGCUAUUGCAAAAGUUGGAAUGUUGGAAUUAAGACAUUUUAAUACAAAUCCACCAGAUUUAUCACAUUUAAAGCAUCCUGUUCAUCCAGUACGAAAAGUUUAA